CCUUCUAACAUGUCUUAAGUAUACCCUCAUCUCUCACUCACUCUGGAGUACUCAGCCCAAAUUUCCCACAUUGUGGAUUGAAAUCAAAUUGCAAAAGUUUCAGUCGUUUACUAGUGAAAGUGCUGGAAAAUGCUUUAUGGAAAUUUGAUCAUUCUAGCCCUUGGUUACAGCCUAUUACCGACAGAUGGCGCCAUCAUUCCAAUGAGAGAAAGAACCGGAAAGUUGAGCCUAGUUGAGUGGAAGAAUUACAAUCAUCGUGAACCAGAAGGACGUGGAACUUAUGCCUUUGGUUAUGACAUUGACGAUAUAGAAAACAAUAACGUCCAAUUCAGAAAUGAGGAAAAACUGUCCAAUGGCAGCGUUGUCGGGAAUUAUGGGUAUUUGGAUCCUAAUGGAGAUGUUGUUAUGGUCAGAUAUAUAGCUGACGAGAGGGGAUAUAGAGCUAACACAGAGAAAGUACUAAAACUUGGAUUUCUGAGACCUCUAGAAGAGUACAAACCAAGCACUGGGCAAAAUAGUGUCAAUAACCGGAUAGUUACUCCAGACGAAAAUGCAUCGAAUCUGAAUCCACCAUAUCAUCCCUUUACAUCACAGGAAGAAUCAAAUGCAUUUUAUUAUCCACAGAAUAUUUUAGGAAGUACAAAUUUCAAACCUACAGUGAACAAAUCAGAAAUUGAUAAGUUCAAUACACAAGAAUAUCCACCAGAUUUCAAUUCUAUAGAAGAAAGCAAUGCUUUUUAUUAUCCACAGAAUAUUUUACAGAGUACCGAUUUUUAUGAUAGAAGUAAAGACAGUGAUCAAAUAAUUUUUCAAAGGAAAUCGAGAAGAAGCAAUUAUGUGAAAGAAAUUGAAUCGAAUUCCAAGAAUGUUGAAAGCAGCAGUUUUCUUUCUCGACUGAUUCCAUUAUAAAUAAUCUUGAAGAAACAGAUGGCUGGAAGAAAAAUUAUUGAAAUCAUCUAUCGAAUCAUAUAUUGGAAUGAAGUUUAACGAUAUCGUUGGAAAUUUUCAAUAUGAUGAAAACUAAUUUGAAAAAAUUGAGACAUCUUGCCAAAAUGAAAUAAUAAUUAAUAUGAAAUGGAAAUUUCUUAUUGAAA